AUGCUUUUCAGUCAAUUAAAACCGGUUUCACGUAAAACGAUUGUUAUGGAUACAAAUGGUAUUAUUACUAAUGGAGCCACCGAUCUAGUUGUGAAUGCGGACGCACAAGAAAAUGUUCAAGAUACAAUAUUAGAUACAUCUGACAUGGGCAAUGACGAAACAGACAUCGAAACAAUGAGAAAACGUAUUCAUGAAAUGGAAGAAGAAGCUGAAAAACUCAAAUUAAUACAACUUGAAGUUGAAAAACAGAUACAAUUACCAGGAACACCUGGAACAUCUCAGUUUCCGACUUUUGAAGAAAAAAUGGAAGCUGAUCAACGAUCUGUUUACGUAGGAAAUGUUGAUUAUUCAGCCACAGCACAAGAAUUAGAAAAUCAUUUUCAUGGAUGUGGAUCAAUUCAUCGUGUUACAAUUUUAUGUGAUAAAUUUAGUGGACAUCCAAAAGGCUAUGCCUACGUUGAAUUUGCCGAUAAAGAUUCGGUACAAACAGCAAUAGCACUUGAUGAUUCAUUAUUCAAAGGGCGACAAAUCAAAGUUUUUGAAAAGCGUACUAACCGUCCGGGAUAUACUUCAACCGAUCGCCCGCCAAGAGGCGGUCGAGGCUUUGCACGUGGAGGGCGUUAUCCAAGAGGAGGUGCUGGUUAUAUGCAGGCUUACAUUCCUACUUUUCGUGUUAGAAGUCGACCAUAUUUCAGGUAUAUUAAUUCAAACAACAAUCUUUGUUCUCUAUAAAUGUAUACUCAUCCAUCUGUGUUUCUUUUUAUUUUCAGAGGUCGAGGACGUAGUAGUUAUUUUUAUUCACCAUAUUAAACAAUUUUUAUUUAAUUUUUGUUUUUUUGUAUCGUGUCAAAAAAAAUUGUCAUCUUCACAUUUAUGUGUGUACUCUUUUUGUAUGUUUCUCUUUUUGUUUUAUUUUGCGAUCACCACACAUGUUUCGUUCAUUAAUUUUCUUCCAUUAGACAUCAGAAACAUUAUGGAAGAGGAAAGCAAACAUGUCGCGGCGAAUUAUUUUUUUAAUUAAUCCACCCGUGAACAGUGUGUGCAUCAUCUAUAUAUUUCUGUAUGCGUGCGUGUGUAUGUAUGACAAUUGUUAUUGUUUAUAGACAGAAUCUGAAAUGUUAUUUGGUCAAUCAUUGUCGUCAUGUAAAUGAUAGACUCCUGCUAAUGGUGAGCAAACUCACAUAUGUUAGAUUUGCUUGUUUCGUUGUUAUUUUCCUUCUUCUCUUCAUUGAUUUUUUUUGCUGAGAAAAUUGUAAAGAUGAAAUCGAUAUGAUCGUGUGUCGCAGAAAAAAAUUUGUUGUCGUUUUUUUUAUGAUUACUUAACGUGUCUGUAAUGCCGUUGGACGAUGUAAAAAAUUGCGAAAAAAAAAUUCAAAAAAAAACCUGAAAAAAUAGGAAAAACAAGAACAAAACACAAAAAAAGAACAAGAAAAAGACAAAAAGAAUAACUAUUCGGUGUAAUAUAAUAAAAAGUUCCUCUUACGGCGGAACCUUCUCACAUAUCUACCUCCGUUUUCAGUGAUAUUCUGUCUAUCGAUAGAGGAUAGUAUGCUAGAGUAAAAGGCCUAAAAGGAUUUCUGUUCUUAAUGCUUUCUUUCUAAAGUUAUGAAUUUCGCUUAAAGAAAGAGAUACGGUUACACUAGGAUUUUGGUAUAUCGAUCAAGACAAAGGAUUGAGCACUGAAAUUUUUUUGUUAUUGUACUAGUGGUCUGCUAGUAGUACAAAAGUAUUGAAGCCUUCAACUCAUAUAUUUGUUGAUUAAACGAAUUUUUACUCUCAUAAGAAAAACCUAGUUUAGUUCUGUAGAUGUUCUUUUAUUUAUUCUGGUUCACAUUUCUUUUGUGCCCAGUAGGUCACAGAUGUUUGUGUAUUUGUUUUCUCUACCAUGGCCAUUCUGAAAUAUAGAAAAAACACAUAUCUAAUUAGUCUUUCUCAUGUACGCGUUUUCCCAUAUUUGGGAAAAAGGAAAACAGAAUUAGACUUCCAUCCGAGAGAAGUCAACUGAGGGCAACUACGAACUGUAGGUGGUGCGACUUAAUGCUUUUCACUUGGCUGGCGGCCACGGUAAAUUCUUCUCAUUCAUCUACUAAUUGGCAUCCGUACUAUCUACAGUUCGUGGUUGCAGUCAGUUGACUUCUCUCGGA